AUGUCGUUACAGAUGAAUCUUAUUUUCGGGCUGUUGGUGUUUGAAAUGGCACUGAUGGCCGUCCUGGUCAGCCCGCUGCCCCACAAGGUCCAGGACGCUGCGGUGAACGCAGCAUACCGGCUGCUGCAGAACCAGCAGGUGCGGGUGGGGCUCGUUUUCGGGGCCAGCGUUCUGGCAAUGAUGUUCAUUGACGCCUCGCGGACCGCAAUGCCAUACAUCCCCAAGGAGUUCUACACAGGGGGUGCUGGAUCGGGGGCCAAUUUGCCUCCUGUUCCGCCAAUGUUUGCCGGGGCCAGCUGGAGUGAGGUGCGUGUGCGCAAGUUCUACGCGCAGCGCAACAUGUACUUGACCGGGGCCACGCUGUUUCUGGGGCUGGCUGUGUGUUUCAACAUCCGGUUGCUCAAGAGCCUGGUGAAGAACAAGAUGCUGCUUAUUGACGCGGGCAAGGCUUCGGACGAGAAGACGGGCACUACUACGGUCGAGUUUGAGGAGCUGAAGCAGGAGCUCAAGAAGAAGGAGCUGGACGUGGAGAACCUCAAAAAGCAGAUCAAGGGCCUGCACACGGCGUACCAGCAAAAGGCGGACCAGCAAAGCGGUUCCGGGUCGCCAGUGUCGGGCAAAAAAGACGAUUAG